CUCUGGCGCGGAGCGUCCAUGAGGUGAGUGAGAGAAGCGCUCGGAGAGGCAGCACGCACGAAAGGGGCAGAUGGCGCAAGGCACCCUCCGCUGGGUUUGAUAUGGGAUAUGGGAUUUACGACGGUGAAGAUUUCAAGAUUUUGUGCAUUUAUUGCAUUAGUGUCCCUGGCUGUGGCAAGAGUCUCAGCGGCAGAUGUGAAGUGUGAGAAUAUUUAUAGGGACUUCUCUGACUGUGUUCUGGAGUUGGGGGAGAGCAUGGAUAACUACCAAGAGAAUGUGACCAGCGAGAUGGGAGUGGAAGCUGUGUGCAGCCACUGGGAGGCGUUCCACACGUGUGCCCUGACGGCACUGUCCGGGUGUCAGGAGGAGGUGGGCUCCAUCUGGGAGACCCUGAAAGAAGACUCCAGGAAGAUCCGCUUCCAGGGCAGCCUCUUCGACCUGUGCAGCCCCAGCUCGGCCCCCAGCCUGCGCUCGCUUCUAUCCCCUCUACCCCUGCUGCUCCUAGGCUUGCUGAUCCUGGGAAGGCCCAUCUGGCCAUCCACAUAGGUGGGGGAUGCCUCCCUCCUCCUUGCUUCCAACCCCAUGCACUCUCACAUUCCCCGGGGUGGCCGGCUGCAUCCUGAGCACAUCUGAAAACUGAAGCCAAGGAUUGGGGGAGGGGGGUCAGUGAGUAGAGAAUGAAUAUGGAUUGGAUUAAGGUUAGCACACAGAGCCAUGUCUCUAUGGAGACGCCAUAGACAUCUAUGGUACUGGGUAAUUAGAAGGCCAUGAUAUCACAGAACCAUUGAUGUCUGUGGAGAGACGGAGGGAUACCUAUCGCUCUGGGUUACCCACCAUAGAUGUAUAUGGCACUAGGUAAUUUAGAAGGUUAUGUUAUCAGGGCCUUAGAUGUUAAUGUCAUCAUUAUUGAUGAGUCUGGAUAAAAAUACACACCCAAGACCCAAGCAAUUGUAAUGAAAACCUAUUACAGUAUACGCCUAUGAAAAAAGCAAUUUUAAAGCAAUUGGUCAAUUUUGUUGACAAUCAAGUGAAUUCUUUCAACUUUGACCUUUUGACCCAUACACACCAGCCCAAUGUUUGGUGUUGCAUGGCUGCUAUAAUGACACCAAAAAGGCAUUUUUCCAUAUUUUUGCUCUGUUAAACCAUUUCUUUGGUCAUCCUGUUACAGCAGGUGCUGUUAAAGUUAGGCAAUGCUGUUAACGGAAAAUAUUGUUCCUUGCUUUAUUAUGCACUUUACAGUAAAAUGCCUAAUUUACUGUUAGUCAUUGUGGAUAGUUAUUCUACCUGAAAAUGGUAUCUGGUUAUGUGAGAAUCUUCAGUGUUGUUUUAUGAAUCUGUCCUGUAUGGAAGUCCAAGUGUAUGGCUGUCAAUUCAUUUGAUAUCAUUGAGUCCAUAACAACUAUACACAACUGUACACAGUUCACGUCAAAGCACAUUCAACCUUACAAUAACACACAGCUUACUGAGUAGAAAUAAAGACAAUAGACUUUAUUAUGAAAGCUAAAAUAUAUAGGACUUAAAGUGGUACUCCAGUCUCCUUUUCACCUCAGUUAACACCUGAUUUAUUAAAAAAAAAAAGGUGCAUCUCAAUAGAUGGUCAAGAUAUGUCAUGACAUAGCACAAGUGGGGGGGUGGGCCUUUCCUCUUUUGUUCUCUAUUGCUCCUCUACUGUUCAUCAAGCAAGGAGGCUGAUGACAUCACGGAAUCCCAUCAGACCAACUCCUUAAAUGCCCUACUCCUCGAAGUUUGCGGUUGUGUCUAAAAAACACUAUUUUGCUCAAAGCAUAUUUUUUUACCCUUUAGUGUGUGUACUUUACUGUAUUUAUACUUGGGAUAUAUCUUUUCAACAGUAAACGUAAAAAAAAUCGCAGGAGGACAUCUUUAAGUUAAGGAUUCUCCUAGGGCACCACCCUGCAUUGUUAGCCCUAAUGCCUCAGUGCAAUGCAGUAUUUGAUGUUGUCAACAGCUGCAAUAUAUCAUCAAACUGAGUCAAUAUAAAUAUGCAAUUGAACUCAUUAAGUAGUUUUAUAGCAAUAUAUUGUAGUGUUAGUGUAUAGAUUUUCUGUUACUGUGCUCUAACCAAAUAGGAAAUUAGGGGUGAAUGCUGACUUAGUGCUCAGACUUUUGCGCAAAUCUCUCAAUCAAAAUCUCCACACACUACUUCAGCCCACACAGGAUCAUUCUUCUUCUUUUCUUUUGUACCUUUCCAACAUUAUCUAUAGUAUGGAUCUCUCUCUGCAUGGUUGUGUCUAGAUAUUAGGCUAGAUAUUCAGUUUAGAAUCCAUUCUCAGGAGACAUAAUCCUCCGUAAGCAUGUUUGUACUGGUUGUCCUCCACACCUAGUCUGUGCUCCUGAAUGUGGUAGCAUUCUGUCACCCAAUCUUUGUGCCUGGUGUCAAGUGUCCAUUAUUAUUUUUGAACAGCAAUGAGUUUUGCUAUUCUCAAAGCAUGAGCAAUAUGUGUUGUAAACACUUUAUGGAGUGACUACUUUCCUUUUCCGUGAGAUCGGCAGCUAACAAAAGCAUGAAAAAAAGCACAUUAUUUAAGGGAGAUAUCAUAACCACCAAGUAUAUUACUAUACAUGUAUGACUGACUGAUUAUUGAAUUACCACAGAGAAAAAUACAUCAGUAAACACUACAGAAUGUAAGAAUUCAAUAUGUUUGUGGUCUUUCAGAGAUACCAACUACAGAGUACAUUAUUUACAAAAAGCCUGUAUUAAGUAUUGUAUUGCAAAGUAAUGUGUUUGAAAUAAAGUAUGAAGUUUGAAAUA